AAGAAACAGCCAAGAGAGCCAGGAGCCAAGGACAGUGCUUUCAAGGGUGUUUGGUCAGCAGAGUCAGCGAUGUGGGAUAUUUUCAGCAGCUUAAGAGAAAGAUGUCAACACAGCAUUGAAGGCAGAAUCCACAGAGGUGAGGGGUGAACCAUGGCUGGGAGAAGCACAGCUUCCUUUGAGGUGCCCUGUGUCGUGAGCUCAUAGCUCAUCUUGGUCAGACACAGCUCACUGGAGAUUCUCACUGGGUGCCAGUUUCCUGCCCAUGUUCAAAUGAAAAAGCUGAGGCUUCAGAGAAUUGGCACAGCUUGUCCAGGACCACGCACCUACAGGUGGUGGUACUAGACCCAAAGACUUGGUGUCACCCUCACUCAGGAGCAAAACUUGGUAUUAUAAUGUGUAGACAAUGACGGAUUCGUGCAGCUGUGGGAAAUUCUGUCUUGCUUUGCUUUGUUUACUUUUGUAUGGAAGUAGCCACCUGAGGUCCUUGUAACUCACAGAGAAGGGGACCAGGUAAAGAGAAAUGGGAACAGAGAGAGCUGUGAGUGCUGGGCUGGAAGCCAGAUGGGGGCGUUAGCCUUGCACUGCGACCAGCCACCUCCUCCUGCCCAGCCGGGAAGAAAAGAUGUGUGGAGAAGGGGAAGAAGGUGACCUUCCUCUUCUCAGCAACAACUUGGGAGAAUUAAAAAUAUUGGAACAGUUGCCAUAGAAAGUUCUAUGGGCAGAAACAAAAGAUGAGGAAGAAGAGCUCGGAGCAGCACGAGGGAAGGAGAGCUCAGCACCUUCGGUGGGGUUGGUAACUGAGGGGGCUGUGGAGGAAAAGGGUAGAACAUUCCAUCCAAACCCAUUUGUCAAGAUUCUCAUCCCCAGUGCUGGCUGACUCGUUCAAGCCACCCUGCCAGGGGUCCCAAAAGGUGUCAGAGCUGAUGGUCGUCGCUCAGUCAGAUGCACCCAUUGUCUAGCUGCAGGAACUGAGGGUGGCCAUGGUGAAUCAUGGUGCUGCAUUUGGUGUAUCCAGGGUGUGUGUGGGUUUGGGGACAGAGAGAUGUAUCCUGGACAUGGCAGAGAAAGGUGGGCUCCUGUGCUAGUAACAGAGCCCAGAUCCAAACAGGGGUGCUGGCUCCAGUCUAUGCCUCCUUUCACCAACCAGGUGGGCACUAAUGGAACACGGAAGGGGAGCAAGGCUCCUGGCGGGCCAUGGCCUCCCUGUUGAAGGCUGAAAGGGCCCGAGCCUUGGAAUUCAUUGUUUCUGAGUAACUGGGGACAUUCUGGGCUCAGGAAUCACAUCCUGAAUGAUUCUGCCUUCUCAGGUCUGGUUUUCUCUGCCCUGACUACUGACUACUUCAUCUGAAGCUGCCACCCCAACUGGUGACAGGACACCCCACCUCUCUCAGGGCCUGUGUCACCCCAAUCCACAGUAAUGCUAAUGUGAUGCGAUGCUCCCUGGUGUGCUUAGUGAUUGGUGCAGGUUCGAUUUUCUGUGCUGAAAUCAUUCUGAAAACUCAAACGGCAGACUUUAGCAUUCAAAGGAACCCCAAGCCAGUUGAGGGAGAAUAAAGCCAAAAGCCUUUUAUCUUAUUCGUCCCAAGAAUCCCACUGCCCUCUUCCUACCCCCUACCAAAAAUAAGCCAUUGCACAGACAGACAGCAUGGCAAGCAAACGAAAAUCUACAACUCCAUGCAUGGUUCGGACAUCGCAAGUCGUAGAGCAGGACGUGCCCGAGGAAGGAGACAGGGCCAAAGAAAAAGGAAUGGGUGUGCCACCAUCCGAUGUAGCCAAGGACAGCUGGGUAGCAGAACCUGAAAACUCUUCCAAAGAAAAUGAAGUGAUAGAGGUGAAGCCUACAGGGGAAAACCCAUCCAAAAAACUCCAGGGUGGCUAUGAGUGCAAAUACUGCCCCUACUCCACACAAAACCUGAACGAGUUCACAGAGCACGUGGACAUGCAGCAUCCCAACGUGAUUCUCAACCCCCUCUACGUGUGUGCUGAAUGUAACUUCACAACCAAAAAGUACGACUCCUUGUCUGAGCACAACUCCAAGUUCCAUCCUGGAGAGACCAACUUCAAGCUCAAGUUAAUCAAACGCAAUAAUCAAACUGUCUUGGAGCAGUCCAUCGAAGCUACCAACCAUGCCAUGUCCAUCCCCACCAGUGGCCCCGGAAGUAGUGACAAUGACCCUGGGAUCCCAGUGAGUAAAACUCCCAUCAUGAAGACAGGAAAACCGAAAGCAGAUGCCAAGAAGGUGCCCAGGAAGCCUGAAGAGGCCACCCCCGAAAACCAUGUGGAAGGGACUGCCCGCCUGGUGACAGACACAGCGGAGAUCCUCUCCAGACUCGGAAGCGUGGAGCUCCUCCAAGACACGUUGGGACACGUCAUGCCUUCUGUACAGCUGCCACCAAAUAUCAACCUUGUCCCCAAGGUCCCUGUCCCACUGAAUACUACCAAAUACAACUCUGCCCUGGACACAAAUGCCACCAUGAUCAACUCCUUCAACAAGUUCCCUUAUCCGACACAGGCUGAGCUGUCCUGGCUGACGGCUGCCUCCAAACACCCCGAAGAGCACAUCAGAAUCUGGUUUGCCACCCAGCGCUUAAAGCAUGGUAUCAGCUGGUCCCCGGAGGAAGUAGAGGAGGCCCGGAAAAAGAUGUUUAAUGGCACCAUCCAGUCAGUACCCCCAACAAUCACAGUGCUUCCUGCCCAGUUGGCCCCCACAAAGAUGUCUCAGCCCAUCCUUCAGACAGCUCUGCCAUGCCAGAUCCUUGGUCAGACCAGCCUGGUGUUGACUCAAGUGACAAGUGGCUCAACAAAUGUUUCUUGCUCCCCCAUCACACUUGCCGUGGCCGGAGUGACCAACCAUGGCCAAAAGAGACCUUUGGUGACUCCCCAAGCUGCCCCCGAGCCCAAGCGUCCACACAUAGCCCAGGUGCCAGAGCCUCCACCCAAGGUGGCCAGUGCCCCACUCACCCCAGCCAGUGACCGAAAGAAGACCAAGUUGCAGAUCGCACACCUCAAAGCAAGCUUUCUCCAGAGCCAGUUCCCUGAUGAUGCUGAGGUCUACCGACUCAUCGAGGUGACCGGCCUUGCCAGGAGUGAGAUCAAGAAGUGGUUCAGUGACCACAGAUAUCGGUGUCAAAGGGGCAUCGUCCACAUCACCAGCGAAUCCCUUGCCAAAGACCAGAUGGCCAUUGCAGCCUCCCGACAUGGUCGUACAUAUCAUGCAUACCCAGACUUUGCCCCUCAGAAGUUCAAAGAGAAGACACAGGGUCAGGUUAAAAUUCUGGAAGACAGCUUUUUGAAAAGCUCUUUCCCUACCCAGGCAGAACUAGAUCGACUAAGGGUGGAGACCAAGCUGAGCAGGAGAGAGAUCGACUCCUGGUUCUCAGAGAGGCGGAAGCUUCGGGAUAGCAUGGAGCAGGCCGUCCUGGAUUCCAUGGGGUCUGGCAAAAAGGGCUCUGAUGUAGUAGCCCCCAAUGGUGCUCUGUCUCGACUUGGCCAACUCUCCAGCACCCAGUUACCCAGUCCUCUGCCCAGCCCUUCACCAGCAGUUACACAAAGUCAAGAACAGGUUCAUCUCCUGAGGAGCACGUUUGCAAGAACCCAAUGGCCGACUCCCCAGGAGUACGACCAGUUAGCAGCCAAGACCGGCCUGGUCCGAACUGAGAUCGUGCGCUGGUUCAAGGAGAACAGAUGCUUGCUAAAAACUGGAACCCUGAAGUGGAUGGAGCACUACCAGCUGCAACACAUUUCGGAUGAUCACGGCUACGAGGCCAUAUCGAAGAAAGCAGCAAAACCAGUCGAGAGCCCAAAGAAUGGGGGCGAGGUGGUUCAGCAAUAUCACAAAGACCCCAAAACGCUCUGUGAUGAGGACUUGGAGAAGUCGGUCCCCAAAACAAAAGCAGGCAGUGAGCAAGCAAAAGACUGUGUACCAGCCAAGCCUUCAGAGGCCGCCUCUGACAGGUCGGAGGGCAGCAGCCAGGAUGGCCAGGGCAGCGAUGAGAAUGAGGAGUCGGGCGUGGUGGACUAUGUGGAGGUGACAGUAGGAGAGGAGGAUGUCACCUCAGAUAGAUCAGAUAGCUGGAGUCAGACGGCAGGUGACAGGGCAGCAGAACUGGCUGACUCAGACUCUGAAGGCGUCACUGUGGAAGCUAGCCAGACCUAGUCAGGGCAUUCGAUCAGAACCUCUGCACUGAUCAAGUGGAUGCGCUGUCUUUGAAGAAAGAGACCUUCCCUCCCGUGGGCCACCUCACCAGUGACUCCAAGUGGAACUGCUUCGCUUGCAUGUACCUGGAAGACACGGGAACCCCAGCCACUUCCCCACGCACCUCCCAGAGGACCAGUGGGAAUUGUUCAUAGUGCCAAAGUCCUACUACUGCGUUUUCAAUGGGUCCUUGUACAUAGUUUGCUCCUCUGCCCCAGCCCCCACAUCUUGCUAUACUGGAACCGAUUUGUACAAUGUGGGAAUUUUGUUACCUUUUUAAUGGAGGGCAGCUUCCUUUUCCAGCACUACUAUUGUAAGGUUUUUUUCCCAGGAGGAGGGCUAACCAC